GCAAUAUUUCUUCACGCUGAACAUACUAUCAUCUGCUUGGUACGGCUGUAGUGUAUCUUGCGUAAUUGACGGUCCUCGGGUCUUUUGAACCUCCUCCCCUGCUCGAUCGAUCUCUCCAGCCCGUACAACCUCGAGCUGAAGCAUUCCGCCAACCAUGGCAGUGGUUGCAAAGCUUCAAGAGGUCGACUAUGCCAUCAAACCAGAGAAUGUCACUCCUGUGAUUCCCACAUCUGAGUGGCCUCUUUUACUCAAAAACUAUGACAAAUUGCUCGUGCGAACGGGACAUUUCACCCCCAUUCCCUGCGGAUGCACACCUCUGAAGCGCGACCUGAAAUCCUACAUCUCUUCUGGUGUCAUCAAUCUCGACAAGCCCUCCAACCCAUCGAGUCACGAAGUUGUCGCAUGGGUGAAGCGGAUACUCCGAGUAGAAAAGACGGGUCACAGCGGUACGCUCGAUCCUAAAGUCACAGGUUGUCUCAUUGUCUGCAUAGACCGAGCAACUCGCCUGGUCAAGUCGCAACAAGGAGCCGGAAAGGAAUACGUGUGCGUGAUCAGGCUACAUGAUAAGCUACCUGGUGGAGAGGCGCAAUUUGCACGAGCUCUCGAGACCCUGACCGGUGCUCUCUUCCAACGACCACCGUUGAUCUCGGCCGUCAAGAGACAACUCCGUAUUCGAACGAUCCACGAGAGCAAGCUCUACGAGUUCGACAACGACCGACACCUGGGUGUCUUCUGGGUGAGCUGCGAAGCAGGAACAUACAUCCGAACACUCUGCGUGCACCUGGGUCUCCUGCUAGGUGUUGGCGCACAUAUGCAAGAGCUUCGAAGAGUGCGAUCGGGAGCCAUGGCCGAGGCUGAUGGCAUGGUCACACUGCACGACGUGCUUGACGCACAAUGGAUGAUGGACAAUAAUAGAGAUGAGGCAUACCUGCGAAGGGUCAUCUCACCACUUGAGAGUCUCUUGACCACAUACAAGCGAAUUGUCGUCAAGGACAGCGCAGUGAACGCAGUCUGCUAUGGUGCCAAGCUCAUGAUCCCCGGUCUGCUGCGAUUCGAAGCAGGCAUCGAAGUCCACGAGGAAGUGGUUUUGAUGACCACCAAGGGUGAAGCCAUCGCUCUGGGUAUUGCACAAAUGUCCACCGUCGAGCUGUCCACGUGCGAUCACGGUGUUGUGGCCAAGGUCAAGAGAUGUAUUAUGGAGCGAGAUCUGUACCCUCGCAGAUGGGGUAUGGGUCCAGUUGCCUUGGAAAAGAAGAAGAUGAAGUCUGAUGGCAAGCUUGACAAAUAUGGCCGUCCCAAUGAAGCCACUCCCGCCAAGUGGUCUGCUGAGUACACCGACUACAACGCACCAGCCGAUGCUUCCGGCUCCACCGCCGCACCUGUACAUGAGAAGACGUCACAAUCCGAUGUGCUUGCCGCUCCACCGGUUGCGCCAAACGGAGAGGCAAUGGAUGUUGACGCGACCGCCGCCACCACAUCAGUGAAUGGAGAUGCUGCGUCAUUGGGUCCCAAGGAUAAGAAGGAGAAGCGAAAGAAGCACGAUGGCGAAACCCCAGAAGAACGAGCCGAGCGUAAGCGCAGGAAAAAGGAGAAGAAGGAAAAGAAGGAGAAGCGAAAGAGCUCGGCCAGCAAGGCUGACGACAGCGAUGAUAGUGAUUAGAAAUUGCUGCCCGCUGCCUAGCCGAUGAGUGUAAUGGGGGUUGAAAAAGUUGUUUGGUGUCUCUCUCUCGUGUCGUCUCGUCGUCUCUUCGUCUCUGUCUCUCUCAUUUUUGUGGGCGUUUGAUGGGGGUUGCGAAGUCGGACCGGAUUUACUGAAAUUUCAUCAGUUUGGAUGAGGAGUCACACACACACACGCGCGUUGAAAAGGGGUAAAAAACCAUCAUUAUGAUCAAAAAGAGGUUGAUGAAAGAUAGCAAAUUACCGACCUGUUUGCCAGGGCCAAGGGAUACUGUACUGUAUAUGCCAUUCUUGAUCAUUUGA